GAAAUGGCGUAUGUGGAAUAUGUUGUGAAGGAAAAGGAUCCGGUCAAGUCUGCUCAGAAUAUGGGGAAAUUGUUGAAGCAAAUAUUCUGAAGAAUCACAUACGACACGGUUAUUCAAGUUUCGUAUGGCAACCGCAAGUUUGGAGAAGAUAUACCUCCAUUUCAUAAGGGUAAUAGCACGUUGAAAUUUUCGGCGCAGGGUAUGGAGAAGUACUUGGACUUGGUUAAGCCAGUAGCCAUGAAGCUUAUGACAUAUGAUGAAGGAAGGAAUGGCGGGUCCCAAAUUCGAUUCCAUAUCAAUGUCUUCCGUACACUGCAUAUGAUGAAUAUUUGGGCUUCACUUAUGUUCUUGGACGAGUGGACCGUAAACGACAUGAGUGUAUUCCGAAAUAACAAGUACAACCUGAAAAGGUUACUUCAAACCAUAGAAGACGACACCAAGUACGAAUGGAGUGGCACAAAAUCUAUCAAAGAAUCCUCCGACGUCGAGUUAUUCAAUGUAAUAUGCGAGGAAUCACCGAUAUUGAGACGGAUCGCGUUCUUGGUUGCAAAUGUGGUGUUCGUGACAAAGAAAAACAUCAUUGUGUGGACGGAUUUUCCUAUCCCCCAAUUCUUCAUUGAAAUGGUAAGAAUCUUUCGUGGAGGGGUUGUGAAGAAGGGUAGGAAAGAUGCUAAUGUUGAUUUAUAGUGCUUGAAGGCAACCGGCUGUCCUUGUGAGUCGUAUAACUCCGGUCUCAGUGAGGUAGAACGACAAGAAUUGCUUGCUCGAUUCAAUUCAGGAAAAGAGGAUCCAUUUGUCAUGAUAAUGUCAACAAAGCUAUCGGCGUACGGUCUCAACAUUCAACACAAUUGCUCCGAUGAGAUCAUGUCAGGCACUAGCUUCUCUGACCCCCAAGAGGGCCAGGAACUUGCACGAAUCUAUCGAAUUGGUCAAACCAGAAUCAGUCGAGCGUAUAAGCUUGUGGUGCAGAACACAUUUAUGCAAGUCCGUAUGAAUAAACGGUAUCAUAAAGUUGUACCAGAUUUAAUAGCACACAUGGCCCAGGAGGAUGACAUUGCGGAAAGUGAUGCGGACUAUUUUGCCGACAUCUCGAGCCCCGAGGGCGUUGAUUCUGCGCAGAAGGUACAGGAUGUAGUUGAGAAGUAAUAGGGAGAAGUUGAGGGUUUGGCGGAUGGUGUUCCACCCUCUCCAACGUGGUUUGAAAUUGUAUUGCCCUGGGCUUGCAACAAUCUUUUGAUCGACUGGCUUUCAACCUAUGAGGUGAAAGUUGAUCUAUCUGUAAAGAUUCAAUUCAUAUACAGAAUAUAUCAAGUAGGUUAUGAUGGGAUGAAAGGGCUGUAGAGCCUUGAGUUUAAAGACUUUCCUUCCCUAUUCUAUGAUUUCGGAAUUCGAAGAAAGCAAGAUCUGAAAAGAUUCAUAAAUUCAAGUAACUUUCGUAUCCA